AUGGCGACUUUUAGAUUUCCCUCCAUCGUUACAAUGACAGCGUUGGCGAGAUUGAUAGGGAAUACUGCACGAAGUUGUCUUCCAAAAAACGCAUGUAGUAUUUAUACGACUCGCGUGUUUAUGGAUCUUGUUGGAAUAAUUAGGCCUCCGGUAAACAUGCAAUGCGCCAGAAGGAACACUUCUACUACGACUCUAGAGCACUGGACUGAUAUAAGUAUCAAAGAGCUUAGAGCAAUGCUAACAGCGCAUAAUAUUCAGUUGUUUGAUGUCAGAGAACCCUAUGAGCUUGUGGAGUCAGGGAAGAUUGCCUGUGCUACAAACAUCCCACGUAUGUUUUUUUCUCUUUUGUUUUCGUCGUGAAUUUUCUUCAUUUUGAAUUGAAUAUUACUAGCUAAUGAAAGGUAGCUUUGAAGGUUAGGGAAUUAUUACUGAUUAGUAAUUUACUUAAUAACCCGAUAAUGGUUAAUAAGUUUCUGAAUACUAUUCCUAGGUGGCAAAACUAUUUCACUGCCCUGUUGAGUACUGAACUUACUUCAAUGUGCAACCACUCAAUUCUCAGUGGCACUAAUGGCCUUGUGCCAAGUUUUUUCUCUCUUGCCUUUGCCAAUUCUUAUGCCUAGUUAUGAUUCUUACACCUGUAGAUAAAAAAAACUCCAAUUCCAUGCCAUGCCUGAUAAACAUUUCUUACAAUUUUACACUUCAAACUACGUGUUUUUCUUCUUUCCCUCCUUCUCCCUUCUUGCUCCAUAAAUUUUUUGGUAUUCAUGCGCAGGGCACAUGAUUUCAUAAAAUCAACCAAUCAUGAUGUCAACAGAUGUGAAUCUUGACAUUGUAAACUGAUGGGGCCACUCUCGCAUACUUUUCUUGUGGUUGUUCUUUGGAGUAAGUUUCUAGUUUUUGAGCUGUCUUUCAUUGCAAAUGUGUUACUUGUUUGUUUUAAAGAGUUUAAGGAAUUUAAGGAGUUCUGAAAUCUUUAUGUAAGCCAAAUAUUGUUGUUAGAUUUGAAAGGCUUUAUUAUAUUAUUUUAACAUAGUUAGAUUCUAGCAUCUUUUCUGUAAAGGGAUAUUUUACAUGGAUAACCAAUUCCUUAUUUCUAGUGGAAAUCUUUGAGCUAACAGACCCUAACUUAGCAUACUUGUUAAAGAGUGAAUUGAUGAAAAUAAUAAAAAAAAACAGUCACAAGUACAUGUGAUUAUUAUUAUUUAUUUUCAAUUUUCAGAGCCUCUUACUGCUAUAAUUGCUUUAAAAGUUUUUCAUAGAGUAGGUAAAAUUGACACGAUUUUAUUUUUAUUGCAUUUUUCAGUGCGUAAAGUUCCUGAGGCCUUUACAAUGGAUCCUGCAGCAUUUGAGGAGGAAUACAAUGUUAAAAAGCCAGACAAAAAUGAUGCAAAUAUUGUGUUUCAUUGUCUGGCUGGAAUAAGGAGUAGAGCAGCAAUGGAGGCAGUUCAUCAAAUUGGCUACACAAAGUAAGAUCACCUCCAACUGACUCGCAUAAUUUGAUCCUGUGUCUUUUAACUCUUUACAUGCUAAAAUUGAUAUUUAUAUUCUCCACUCUGUUCUCUUUACAUUUCCUACAAUAUUGGCAAGGAGAACUUGUUUCUUUAUCAGGAACUUUUUUUGUUGGUGAUCGUUUUUUUUUCUUCUCAUGGCCUUAACCCUUUAAACCUUAACAACAAUAUGCGUAUUCUCCAUACUGUUCUCUAUACAUUUACUAAAGUGCUGACAAGGAGAAUUUGUUUAACAAUCAAGAGUUUCUUUAGUUGGUGAUCAUUUCCUUUAUUUUCAUGACCUUAAUGUUAGAUUCAAGGGUGAUAUUGCUGGGAGAAAUUGGAUGCUAGUCACUCUCAGGGGUGAAAGGUUUUUAUGUUUGAUUCAGGGGUGAUAUAUUAAUACUGUUAUGUUUUACAUUUACCAUUUUUUUCUCUUAACCCUUUAACUCCCAUAAAUGAGUGACCAAGACAGAAUUUCUCCUUACAGUAUCAAUAUAGAAUCAACCAGAUAAGUGAUGAGAACAACUUUAGAAAAUUAUCAAUUUGGGGAUAAUUAGUUGAUCCAAUACUACAUUCUCUGAACUUACAUUAUAAGAAUUGUAUGGUUGAUAGUAAGGAGAAUUGCAAAGUUGAUCUGGGAGUUAAAAGGAUUAAAUGCUUUUUUGUCCAUACAAUGUGAAUUUCCAGAUUAGGCACAGAGAGUUUUGGUAAGUUAUAUGAUUUUAGAUGAACUAUCAGAUAUGAAAGUUUUUUUUCGUUUUCUUCUCAGGGCAAGACAUUACCCAGGAGGCUACAUGGAGUGGAUAUCACAAGUUGAUAACUCAGAAAAAUCCAAUGGUUGAACUUGGAAGAAUAAUUUCUGUUUGUUUGAUUUAUUUAGUACUGGUUUCUGAUUGACCUUGGUGUGCAUUAGUGUGAGUGAAUAAAAACUUCUGACAAUUUAUUCUUAUUAAAAGCAUCUGUUUGUUGUUAUAUUGCCCAUUAUUUAAGGCAAAUUUAGUAGAGGAAAUUAGAUAGCUCUUGUUAGUAACAAGGGCUGCGAGCAAGGAAAAAAAACUGAAGAAGGGAAAGUAUUCCAAAUUUGUUCUUCACUUCUCAAGAUAAGUUACAGUGACCUUGACCUUUUUUUAUAAGUAAAAAAUGUUUGAAGUAAUGAUGAAAAUGUGAAAGCCAU